AAGCCUGCUUUCGGUCAUUCAUUUGACUCGCUCUUGGGAGCGCAGGCUCCCGAGUCUAGCGGCCUGGGAUCUGGUCCCAGCGCCGCCCCUUACUCAUCCUUCCACUUUGGGCCGCAGUUUCCUCGUUUGGGAAAGGGGCAAGAACAAUCACUCACUUUGAGAGCUUAGACUGUAGGUUAAGUUAGACUCUGGUUUCAUACUUGUAAUCUGUCACGUAUUGGUUAUGUAUGUGGCCGGCGCAAGUUAGUUAACCCCUCUGCACCUCAUCUGUAAAAUGGGUUAGUCAUAUUAUCUGCCUCAUAGAGUUGCUGUGAGUAUUGAAUGAAAUAACUCCUAUGCAGAGCUUAGAACAGUUCAUGGCACUAUGUAAGCACUGUAUUAAAUUAGCUGUUGCUACGGUUCUUAACUUCAUUGCUAGUUACAGAGUGGGCACUUUGCUGGAUAGAGUCUCAUGUAGUCUCACCACAAUUUAGAGAAGUGUGUGCUGUUGUUAUUUCCAUUUGACAGAUGAAACGACGGAAUCCCAGAGAAGGGAAAUGACUUCCUACUUAAUUAUAUGAGAAGUCAAGAAUAGUAUAGUGGUUAAAAACAGACUUUUGAUUCGAACUGCCUGCAAUUUGAUUCUCAAUUAGUUGUGGACCUUAGGACAAGUAACUAUUUCUGAACCUCAAUUUUUUGGUCUGUAAAAUGCAGAAAAUAGCUAUCUCAUUUGUAUGUUGUGAGGAUUUAAUGACUCUGCAUACAGAGUAUUUAGCAUAGUAUGGGGCAUAGCUGACACAUGUUAAGUGCUCAAAUUUAGCCCCCUCCUCCCCCAAAAAUAUUGUUAUUAUUAAGGUGAGAUGGGAUGAUUAGGAUUCUGACACCAAUACUGUGCUAGGGGAGUUUACAGUCUGAGAAAGUGCUUGUCUUAGUUACUCACUAGAUCUUAAUAUACUGAGUACAUAUAUAUACACAAGGCACUAUGGAUUCAGCAUUAGUAACUUGACUCGGGGACUGAUUACCCAAGUAAGCAAUUGCAAAUCAAGUACUUCACUGUCUAUGUGGAGUUUGCAAAAUUGAGUUUUCUAGGUACAAUGUCUGCACUUAGAAAACUCAAUUUUGCAAACAUAAAUAGCGAAGUACUUGAUUUGCAACUUCUUCACUGGUAAGCUUGUGCUUACCUUGCUUGUUGGGUAAUCCAUCCUUGUUAUAGUAGCACUAGAUAACUAAGAAUUUGGUAAGCGCCAGUAAGCCCAUGCUUACUUUGCUUAUUGAGUAAUCCACUCCUGACUUGACUCUUCUCUUCUUCUUACAUCUUUCUAUCUAUGUAGCAAAUUUGAUAAGCAUUAAUUUUGAAUUCUAGCCAGACUCUAUAAGUAGUUCUCACCACCUCUGCUGUCACACUGGUUUGGACCACCAUCAUCUUUCUACUUGGAUUAUGGCAAUAGUCUUCUAACUGGUAUCCCACUUUCUGUCCUUGCUCCUGUAUAGUCUGUUCUCAACACUGUCUCAGUAUUCACCACAAUGAUCCUGUUAAAAUGUUCAAGCACUGUCUUCCUGUUGGCCCUGACAAUCAUAGCCAGCACCCAGGCCUUGACGCCCACUCACUACCUCACCAAGCAUGACGUCGAGAGACUGAAAGCCUCGUUGGACCGCCCUUUCACAAAUUUGGAAUCUGCUUUCUAUUCCAUCGUGGGACUUAGCAGCCUUGGUGCCCAAGUGCCAGAUGUAAAGAAAGCAUGUGCCUUCAUUAAAUCCAACCUUGAUCCCAGCAAUGUGGAUUCCCUUUUCUAUGCUGCCCAGUCCAUCCAGGCCCUCUCAGGGUGUGAGAUCUCUAUUUCAAAUGAAACGAAAGAUCUGCUCCUGGCAGCCGUCAGUGAAGAUUCAUCUGUUGUCCAGAUCUACCAUGCAGUUGCAGCCCUGAGUGCCUUUGGCCUCCCCUUGGCAUCCCAAGAAGCACUGGGUGCCCUGACCGCUCGUCUCAGCAAGGAAGAGACUGUGCUAGCAACGGUCCAAGCUCUGCAGACGGCUUCCCACCUGUCCCAGCAGGCUGACCUGAGGAGCAUCGUGGAGGAGAUUGAGGACCUUGUUGCUCGCUUGGAUGAACUGGGGGGUGUGUAUCUCCAGUUUGAAGAAGGACUGGAAACAACAGCGUUAUUUGUGGCUGCCACGUACAAGCUCAUGGACCACAUGGGGACUGAGCCAUCCAUUAAGGAGGAUCAGGUCAUCCAGCUGAUGAAUGCGAUCUUCAGUAAGAAGAACUUUGAAUCACUCUCAGAAGCCUUCAGUGUGGCCUCUGCUGCUGCUGCUCUCUCCCAGAAUCGCUACCACGUGCCAGUGGUGGUUGUGCCCAAGGGCUCUCCUUCUGACACUCGAGAACAGGCUGUCCUGCGGUUGCAAGUCACCAAUGUUCUGUCCCAGCCUCUGACUCAGGCCACUGUUAAACUAGAACAUGCUAAAUCCGUUGCUUCCAGAGCCACUGUCCUCCAGAAGACGUCUUUCACCCCUGUAGGGGAUGGUUUUGAACUAAACUUCAUGAAUGUCAAAUUUUCUAGUGGUUAUUAUGAUUUCUCUGUCAAAGUUGAAGGUGACGACCGUUAUAUUGCGAAUACGGUAGAGCUCAGAGUCAAGAUCUCCACUGAAGUUGGCAUCACAAAUGUCGAUCUCUCCACUGUGGAUAAGGAUCAGAGUAUUGCACCUAAAACCACCCGGGUGACCUACCCAGCUAAAGCCAAGGGCACAUUCAUUGCAGACAGCCACCAGAACUUCGCCUUGUUCUUCCAGCUGGUAGAUGUGAACACUGGCGCUGAACUCACUCCUCACCAGACAUUUGUCCGACUUCAUAACCAGAAGACUGGCCAGGAAGUGGUGUUUGUUGCUGAGCCAGACAGCAAGAAUGUGUACAAGUUUGAACUGGAUACCUCUGAAAGAAAGACUGAAUUUGAUUCUGCCUCCGGCACUUACACCCUCUACUUAAUCAUCGGAGAUGCCACUUUGAAGAAUCCAAUCCUUUGGAAUGUGGCUGAUGUGGUCAUCAAGUUCCCUGAAGAAGAUGCUCCAUCAACUGUCCUGUCCAAGAACCUUUUCACCCCCAAACAGGAAAUCCAGCACCUGUUCCGUGAGCCUGAGAAGAGGCCCCCCACAGUGGUGUCCAAUACCUUCACCGCCCUGAUCCUCUCGCCCUUGCUUCUGCUCUUUGCUUUGUGGAUCCGGAUUGGUGCCAAUGUCUCCAACUUCACUUUUGCUCCUAGCACGAUUAUUUUUCACCUGGGACAUGCUGCUAUGCUGGGGCUCAUGUAUGUCUACUGGACUCAGCUCAACAUGUUCCAGACGCUGAAGUACCUGGCCAUCUUGGGUACUGUGACGUUUCUGGCUGGCAAUCGAAUGCUGGCCCAGCAGGCAAUCAAGAGGACAGCACAUUAGUUCCAGAGGAAGGAAAGAAAUUCUGAAAUGAAUGUUGAGAAAAGGAGUCAAGAACAAUUCACAAUUUGAAAACAAAACUUUAUUUAAAAAGAAAAAAGUUGAGAUUGUGUGGUUGUACUUGUUCUUCAAUUUCCCCAACACAGAGCAGAUCCCAUGAGCCCAGAUAUUAUUCUGUUUCUUUGGCAUGGCCCCCCGGCAAGAUGCCGUGAAUAUUCUUAACUUACCUGGAUGUUGCAUUUGGAAAGUUGAAAUCUGUAAUUAAUUGGUUUUGGAAUUAAAAAAAUAAUAAUA